AUGGGUGGACGCAGGCUUAUUAAAGCUGCGGCUUUGCUCAUUGUUUUGGGUUACAGCAGUUUACUUGUUUAUCAAGGCGGAGUGAACUUCAAUUUUCAAGACACUCGAGCGAACGUGCAAGUUGCAGAACUAUCUAUUGAACCUGUGACGAAGACGAAUGUUUAUGAAAGUGGACAGAACAGGAACAUAACGUUGAGUGACAUAUUUAUUAGUGUGAAAACAACAAAACAUUAUCAGUACACGAGAUUGCCGAUUAUAUUGAAAACUUGGUUCCAGUUAGCGAAGGAACAGACAUGGUUCUUCACAGAUACAGACAACAGACAACAUCAAGACCAGACAAACGGUCAUAUGGUAAACACCAAUUGCUCGGCGUCGCAUCAACGAAAACACCUAUGUUGCAAAAUGUCCGUGGAAUACGACCGUUUCCUGGAAAGCGGUAAAAAGUGGUUCUGUCAUUUUGAUGAUGACAAUUAUGUGAACAUACCACAAUUGGUGAACGUGCUACAGACCUACAAUCACAAAGAGGACUGGUACCUUGGACGGACGUCGGUAUAUGAACCAGUCAAAAUAUUUAAGAAACCUACCAAUAAGUUGAUGUUCUCAUUUUGGUUCGCAACUGGUGGCGCUGGAUUUUGUAUCAGUAGAAGCUUAGCAUUAAAAAUGCUUCCAGUAGCCAGUGGUGGAAGAUUCAUCAGUAUCUGCGAAGGUAUUAGAUUACCCGACGACGUGUCUGUUGGCUUCAUUAUAGAACAUCUUAUGAAGAAAAAUCUAACACUAGUACCGGAAUUUCACUCGCAUCUGGAGCAAAUGAAGCUUUUGCCCCCGGAAACAUUCCGCAGUCAGAUCUCAUUCAGUUAUUCCAAAAUCAAAGACGAAUGGAACGUCGUCAAUGUUCCUGGAUUUGAUACGAGAUAUGAUCCGACUAGGUUCCUGUCCCUACACUGUUUCCUAUUCCCACAUUUCAAGUUUUGCCCGAGGUAG